AUGCGCAACAAUUCGUCGGAGAACACGGUCAAGUCGCCCGAGUGGGCGAGUCUGGAGGAGGGGUGGCGUCUGUUCGAGCGUGAUCUCGGCAAGCUGCAAGGGUUCAUCGAGAUCAACGCCACGGGAUUCCGCAAGAUCCUGAAGAAGUGGGACAAGCGGUCAAAGUCGAACACGAAAGAGCUCUACCUGGAGCGCCAAGUCGAGGUGCAGCCGUGUUUCAACCGCGAAUUUAUUGCCAAGCUGUCCGACAUUGUCGCCGCCAACCUGCUUGACAUGGAGACGGAUCCGGACCAGAUUGCCGAGUUGUUCGCCGAUCUGCCGCUGCCGAACGAAGAGUCAUUCGACCGCGACGACUAUGAUACGCAGGCGGGCGAGGCGGUUACGAACGACGCGCUGCUGGACGCCGAGGCCAACCUCCCGAACGUGAUCGACGCGGGCCGCGAUGCUGUCGCCAAGUGGAUCAAGCAGAUGUACAAGAUCCGGGCGAAGCGCAACCCCAAGUCGCACGACCGCGCGAUGCGCAUUCUGUGGCGCGCGGCGUUCAGCGUACCGGACGACUACCUCGACCUCGUGUUCGCCCAGCCACUCGACUACAAGUACGUCGACAUUAUCAACAACCGCGACCCGAUGCACCAGGGCUGCAUUGUCGGCUCGCUCAAGGUCGUCGAACUGUGCAUCCAGAAUGCGCCCGAGUUGAUGGAGAUUGGCGACGCGUACAACCGGACGCCGUUGCACUACGCCGCGAUGAACGGGCACCCGUCGAUCGUGCAGCUGCUGCUCGACCACGGUGCGGACGCGAACAAGACGGACAUGGAUGGGUACACGCCGCUGAUGCACGCAAUCACGCAGGGACACCUCGAGGUGAUCCGAAUAUUCGUCGGGCGCGACAUUGACGUCGAGCCGACAAAGAUGUCGUCCGACUUGAUCCCGCUCUCGCUCGCGUGCCAGUAUGGGCAUGUCGAGGUCGCGCGGCUACUGCUGAAGCGGGGUGCGACCAUCCGACCAAACUCGGAGGGCCUGUACCCCAUGCACUUUGCGGCCAAAGCGGGGCACGCGGACAUCUGUCGUCUGCUUGUCGAGGAGGGCGGGCCGGACGGCGGCGGCAAGGACAUGGAGGACAAGUACAACCAGUGGACGCCGCUGCACCACGCCGCUGUCGGCGGGCGGCCGCAGCAUAUCGAGUGUAUCAAGAUCCUCGUCGAGGCGGGGUGCAACGUCAACGCCCUCGAUGAGUAUGGCAAGUCGCCCGGGUGGUACGCGGCGUGGUUUGGCCAGGUUGAGAUUCUGAAGUAUCUGAUCUCGGCGGGUGCCAAGCUCGGCAUGGACCCGACACAUAUGGAGAACCUCGGCCUGGCGGCAGACCCGCAGAUGGACGCGCUAUCGCCGGGCUCAGACCUGGACCUGGACGCGCCAAACGACGACUUUGAGAUUAUCCCGUCGCUUUCGCUCCCGCCGCCAAUCAUGCCGUUGCGCGUGUACGGCCACGAGUUCCUCGCGAAGCGGUGUCUCGUGCAGGUCUCGCUCGGACACCCGUUCACGCACGGCCGCGAGAAGACGCCGCCGAUCAAGCUCUACUCGCGCAGUGGCGAAGACUCGUCGUCGCUGCACCUGUGGAGCUCGCUCAAGCUCGUCAUGGCGAGUCGCACGGACACGUCUGUCGUGCCGCACAGCGUGAUCCUUCCUCUGGCCGACUCUCGCGAGGUCUUUUCGUUCCAGGUGCAAAGCCUCGAGCGGUUCUCGCUCGAGCUGUCUCUCUACCCCACGUUCGGGAGCAAGGUCAUCGGGCGCGCUAUCAUCCACCCGGAGACAUUCUCGCACAUCCAGAACCGCAAGUGCUACACGGCCUACCUCGUCGACCACCACCUCAAAACGAUUGGCGAGGUCGCGUUCGAGAUCAGCUGCAUCAAGCCGUUCGAGGGCGCACAGCUCGAGAUUGGCGGCCGCGUUGAGACGUACUGGAAGAGCAAGGUGACGCCGUCAAACCCAACGCAGGACCACGCGCACCAGUUCCAGUCGCACCGGCCCGUCGACGUGUCGUCCAUGUCGCCUGCCGUGCGCCCGAACACAAUCUCGGUGCCGUCGCAGCAAGAGUCGGCGCUGCUCACCGCCUCCUCGCUCUCCGGCGACUACAUCCGGCUCGACGUGCAGGUGACGCGCGACGGUGUGCCCGUCAUCUACCAGGACUGGGCGCUGCCUGUGCCGGGGCUGGACGUGGGUGUGUCCAACGUGACGUAUGCGCAGUUCCAGGCGCUGGCCAAGGCGCACGGCCGCGAGCUCGGCCCGGAGCGCCCCUCUGGGCCCGCAGAGUGGUACACGCUCGUGUCGCGGUGCAUGACCUCGCUCGAGAGCCUGCUGCAGGCGAUCCCCGCCGACGUGGGCACAAAUCUGUGCCUGCGGUUCGUGCGGCAAUUCGACGCGCAGCGCCUCGGCAUCGCGCCCUCGAUGGAGGUGAACGAGUUCGUCGACCAUGUGCUGCAGGUCGUCUACUCGGCGGGACAGGACACGCCCGGGCGGCGGCUGCUCUUCACGUCGUUCGACCCGACAGUCUGCACAGCGCUGAACUGGAAGCAGCCCAACUAUGCCGUUAUUUUCGCGUCCUAUUGCGGUCUGGAACCGGAUCACAAGCUCGCCCCCGUCGACCAAGGCGUCGAGAACGACACGAGGUGCCUCAGUGUCCGCGAGGCGGUCAACUUUGCCAAGACGACGAAUCUCCUCGGCGUCAUGCUCGAGGCGACGACGCUGGCGGCCGUGCCGUCGCUGGUCGCCAGUGUCAAGGACGCGGGGCUGUUACUCGCCACCUUUGGCAAUGAGGAGGAUAUCAACCACCUACGCCUCGGAGCGAGUGACGGAAGGACCGUCGACGCCUUCUCAAGUCAUGGCAUCAUGAAGCUGGUCAUCUAA